CUUUGCGACCUUUUUACAGUUUACGGCGGUGCCGGUGAGUGGCUGUUGGGGCCUUGUGAGAGCGGACCUUAGAGCCUGUGACCGGGAUUCAGGGUUCCGAGACCUGGGGAAUGUGAGAGGCCGCGCCGGGGCCAGAGAAGAAGACAGUGGGCAAUGAUUGCGGGUUAACGGGGCAAGAAGGAGAUCGGCUGCUCGAGGACCAUCCUGAGGCCCAGCCUGAAGGAAGGAGGCAGGGCGGCGGCGGCGGCGGCGGCCCCAAUCCGAAUCACUCCCUCACACCCACACCUACAUCCUCCCCUUCCCCAUCCUCUUCCUACCCCUUCCCCACCCUCAAGUGCCCUCGCCCGCGGCCAUGACUUUGUUCAGGCUCACCACCCAGGCCUACUGCAAGAUGCUGCUACACGCCGCCAAGUACCCGCACUGCGCCGUCAACGGCAUCCUGGUGGCCGAGAAACACAAGAGGAAGGACGGCCAGCCCGUCCUCUUCGUGGACUGCGUCCCCCUCUUCCAUGGCACCCUGGCUCUCGCACCCAUGCUGGAGGUGGCCUUGACUCUGGUUGACUCUUGGUGCAAAGAAAAUAACUACGUAAUAGCAGGAUAUUAUCAGGCAAAUGAGCGUAUGAUGGACACCAGUCCAAACCAGGUUGCUGAAAAGGUUGCCUCUCGGAUUGCAGAAAACUUCAGCGAUGCUGCUCUUAUCAUGGUGGACAAUCACAAAUUUAGUAUGGAGUGUGAAGAACAAUCGAUUAUAGUGUAUGAGCACCAUGAAAAUAAAUGGCGAUGCAAAGACCCAAACAUUGAUUUUUGUGAAGAUUGGUCAGAGGUACAACGAAUCACAAACUGUCUCCUGGAUGGUAAAUCCUAUGACUCCUUAGUGGAUUUUGAUAACCACAUGGAUGAUCUCAGGAAUGACUGGACAAAUCCAGAAAUUAACAAAGCUGUUCUUCACCUCUGCUGAGACAGCUUUCUAAGAAUGUUCUGGGCAUUUUUUUGAUAGCUGGGAACCUGCAGCCGCUUCUGACUGCAAAGAGUGACCCUUAAUGAAUGUGAAACCUGAUGAGUGCUGAUACUAAAGAACGGAAACAAUAAGCACACCAGCUUACUGUGCUAAGAGAUAAGAUUUAUGCCUUCUGAUAAUUGAGCCAUGGAUCUCUUGGUAUUCACAACAGGACAAUAAGUUUGAUGAAAUCACAUUUUUUAGUUAAAUAGUUUCAGUCAUAAAUCAAACUUUGGGUAUUUCAAAAAGAGACAAGUGAAUUAUGUGUAAUUUUUUAACACUUGCACCCUCGACAUUUUUGUCUGUUUAAAAUGAAAUACUUUUAGAAUAUUUGAUUAAAUGAAAGUUUAAACUUCUUGACUGAAUAUCCUGCAGCAUGUUUGGUUAAUUUCAUUACUGUAGUUGCUAAUAUGGUUCAGCCCCAAUUUAAGAUUAGACGCCAGUUAAUUUGCAAAUAAUUGGGUGGGAAGGUAACAGGAAAAGACAUCCACUAAUUUUACCUCACUAAAAUAAUGGAAUUAUUUUUGCCAUGCAUCUUAAGCACAUAUGAAACAUAAACUUUCUUACCUAGACACACGUACUCAAGAUUGAAUAACAGUCAUGGAUGCAACUGCAUUUUACACAAAGGUGCAAUGGUGUAUGUUGCAAGAAAAUUAACUGUAAAAUUGACAGUGAUUUGAACUUAAUACAAUAACUACUUAAAACACUUCACUGGGUGUAAAACAAUUGGAAAGUUCCAACAUUGAUUUAUACAAUGUAUUUCACAAUCUCAAAAGUUUUCACAUUUGCAGAAAUUUAGUUACAUCUUGUUAAUUUGUAACUGAAAUCCUAGCUAUAACAGCACUGAAGCUUGAACAUUGAAUUCUUGAGAUUGCACUCAACAUAGCAAGUCACUGGCUUCAUAACCAUGAGACAUCUGUAUGAAUAACAGUCCUAUCCUUAUGUAUUGUAAAAAUGUUAACAUUUUUAUUUAAAGCUCCAUGAAUGAAACCAUUUUACAAUAAAAUACCAUGCAAGUUUAGUUUCAAAAGCA